CUGGGGCUAUUGAAGUUCUUUGUAGGGGGUCAGGCCACAGACCACACCCCCAGCCAGAGCCUUCUGCACUGUGGGCUCUGCUCUCAGGGGCAGUGCAGGCUCAGGGGUUAGUCCAAGGGAGCUCUGGCUAUCAGCGGCUGCUCUGGGGUGUCAGGGACCAAGGACAAUCCUAACCUGGCUGAAUGGGCCCCACAGGUGCCUUUUCCAGGUAUGGAGGAGGGCCGAGUGCCAUGAAGCAAGUGCAGGCUGUCACUCUCUGUUGGGUGCUACUGUUGGUGUCCAGGCUGGGGGCCAGGGAUGGCUUCCCAGAAGAGGCCUCCUUCUACUACGGAACCUUCCCACCUGGUUUCUCCUGGGGUGUGGGCAGUUCUGCCUACCAGACUGAGGGGGCCUGGGACCAGGACGGGAAAGGGCCCAGCAUCUGGGACGCCUUCACACACAGCGGGAAGGGGAAGGUGCUCGGGGAUGAGACCGCAGACACAGCCUGUGAUGGCUACUACAAGGUCCAGGAGGACAUCGCUCUGCUGAGGGAGAUGAACGUCAGCCACUACCGAUUCUCCCUGUCUUGGCCCCGGCUCCUGCCCACAGGCAUCCGAGCUGAGCAGGUGAACAAAAAGGGAAUCAGAUUCUACAGUGAUUUAAUUGAUGCCCUUCUGAAGAGCAACAUCACCCCCAUUGUGACCUUGUACCACUGGGAUCUGCCACAGCUGCUCCAGGUCAAAUAUGGCGGGUGGCAGAACGUGAGCAUGACCAGCUACUUCAGUGACUAUGCUGAUCUGUGCUUUGAGGCUUUUGGGGACCGGGUGAAGCAUUGGAUCACUUUCAGUGAUCCUCGGGCAAUGGUGGAAAAAGGCUAUGAGACGGGCCGCCAUGCACCAGGCCUGAAGCUGCACGGCACUGGCAUGUACAAGGCGGCACACCACAUCAUUAAGGCCCAUGCCCAAGCCUGGCAUUCUUACAGGAAGAAGUGGCGCAACAAGCAGCAAGGUCUGGUGGGGAUUUCACUGAACUGUGACUGGGGGGAACCUGUGGACAUCAAUAACCCCAAGGAUGUAGAGGCUGCUGAGAGAUACCUACAAUUCUGCCUGGGCUGGUUUGCCAACCCCAUUUAUGCUGGUGACUAUCCCGAAGUCAUGAAAGACCAUAUUGGAAGAAAGAGUGAAGAGCAAGGCCUGGAUAUGUCCAGAUUACCAGAGUUCUCCCUCCAGGAGAAGAGCUACAUUAAAGGCACAUCUGAUUUCCUGGGAUUAGGUCAUUUUACUACAAGAUACAUCACUGAAAGGAACUACCCCUCCCGCCAGGGGCCCAGCUACCAGAAUGACCGUGACUUAAUAGAACUUAUUGAUCCAAACUGGCCAGAUCUUGGAUCUAACUGGCUCUAUUCAGUGCCAUGGGGAUUUAGGAGGCUCCUUAACUUUGCUCAGACUCAAUAUGGCGAUCCUCCCAUAUAUGUGACAGAAAAUGGAGCAUCUCAAAAAGAACACUGUACACAAUUAUGUGAUGAGUGGAGAAUUCAGUACCUUAAAGGAUACAUAAAUGAAAUGCUAAAAGCUAUAAAAGAUGGUGCUAAUAUAAAAGGGUAUACUUCCUGGUCUCUGUUGGAUAAGUUUGAAUGGGAAAAAGGAUACACAGAUAGAUAUGGAUUCUACUAUGUUGAGUUUAAUGUCAGAAAUAAGCCUCGCUAUCCUAAGGCUUCAGUUCAAUAUUACAAGAAGAUUAUCACUGCAAAUGGGUUUCCCAAUCCAAGAGAGGUGGAAAGUUGGCACCUCGAAGCCUUGGAAACUUGCUCUAUAAACAACCAGUUACUUGCUGCAGAGCCUUUGCUCAGUCACAUGCACAUGGUCUCGGAGAUCGUGGUCCCCACAGUCUGCACCCUCUGCACACUCAUUGCUGCCCUGCUGUUAAUGCUGCUCCUCAGGAGCCAGAGUUGAGACAAGAUCACCAAUUUUGGAGCUUCGUCUUUCAUAGAGAAAUCUUCAGGAUGGUCCUCCUAUUUCUGCUUUGGAAGUUUGUUCAUGUCUGUUUUCUGGAUUUGUUAUAAUUACCUUUUCCCCCCACUCUUUUUGGUGUAUGCUGAAAUUUAAAAAUUAGAAAAUAAAAAUAAGCAUAAAAUA